UUAUUUAUUUUUUAAUAAGCGUUCGCGUUCGCCAACAGGUAGACGUCGUUAUCGCACGAUCGUUUUCCGCCGCUACUCUAUUAGUUAUUAUCUCUGUCAUUCACGUAGUAUUAUUUGUUUAUUGAAUUGAAAUAAUAAAAUUAUAUUAAAUAAUACUUAUUCGUAUGAAAUAUUUAUAGAACGUGUAACACGCGAAGUGAUAACACUUUAUAAUGUGGUGAAAUGUGUUUUAUUGUGUUGCCGCGCUCCCUUAAAUAUUGUGCCGUACUGUUGAGUUUCUUAUUUUGAUUUUUACUAGUUCAGUUUUACUUAAUCUAUGCUAGUGAUUAUAUUUUAUAGUGCCAUAACGUUAUAAGUGCGCGUUUAGCAUUCGAUUUUACAAAUGUAUGUUAAUGUUUUAGUCAAUUGCGCAGCGCCGCGACGGUACUGUAUGUGUGUGCUUGCUUUGUUUUUCGAUAACGUUGUUACCAUUUUCUUCUCGUCUGGCGACCGGCAUUGAAUGAUAUUAUCUUAAAGGGUGUUGCUUUUAGCAACCACUAAACUGCCUUACGCAGUUUCAAAAUACUAACUAUCAUGGCUAAUCCUAGAAAGUUCAGUGAAAAAAUAGCAUUGCACAAUCAAAAGCAAGCUGAAGAAACUGCAGCUUUUGAAAAAAUUAUGCGAGAAGUUUCAGUUGCCACCUGUGUAAAGGCUUUGGCAAAUGGUUCAGAAGAAAUAGUUACCGACCAAAACCCCGAGGCCCGCGUACGACCUGUUGGGUACAGGGAAAGAGGCCGAAGUGUUGGAUCAGUGGGGCCUAUGCGAUCUGAAAAACGUUCCACCGAUAAAUCUCCAUACUCUAGUGGUCCAUACUUAUCACCGCCACCACCCGAUUCCGGUUGGAGACGUACAAACUCCGACUCAGCUUUACAUAACAGUGUAUUGCAAAGUACUUCUACUGAAUCAGUAGCUCAUUUGCAUAGUCCUGGGUCUCAACGCAGGACAUUAAUUGAUAACCAACAGUAUGAAAAGAAAAAAUACUUAUCGACAUCGCCAGAUAGAAGGCCUAGAUCUUGCUGUGAAGUUCCUAGAGUUCCUGGAAUCAAUAUUUAUACUACUCAGCAAGAACCUGGAGUCGUUCAGAUACCUAUUGGUAAUAAUACUGGUUCACUUCCAGACCUUACUAACUUCCAAUUUUCUCCGCCAAUCCAUGCACCACUUGAUCAGGAUGAUCAAUAUAAUUUGCCAUCGCCGUAUAAUAGCAAUCAGAGCCCUUUAACGGAAGGCUAUAGCCCUCAGGGUUCUCAAGGUUCUCAAGGCACUCCAAGCCAGAGCCCAAGUGUAUUGUCCCCUGUAUCUGUCAGUAGUCGCACUCCACCAACGCGAUUUUCAUUUACUAGUUCUCCACCGCCUGAUUCCCCUAAUCAAACUACUGUGGUGACAUGUGACAUUGUGUUACCUAACCAUCUUAGUGUUCCUUACUAUAUGAACCAUAGAUUGCAACGCACUACUAAGGGAUUUACAGUGGAUAACAGUCCAGGAAAUAAUAACACAGGAGAAAGUUGUAAUGGUAGCAUUAAUAUGCACAUUUUACAACCAAACUCAAAUUUAAAUUAUGUAGUAGGUCAAAGAAAUGGCAUAAAAAUAGAACCUAUGCAAACAUUAAUAUAUCAUCAACAUGUUCCAUUAUCACCAGCACAACAACAGUGUAGUCCUAUUGACAGUCAAAAUGAAAUAAAUUCUUCUCAUAUGAAUAUGGGAAGUAAUCAGCAUAACAAUAUCAACUCACUUGGAACUUAUAGAAAUCAAUCUAAUAGACCAAGUCCACAAUCAUCUCCUGGACUAACCAUUCAAUAUGGAAGUUCUAGCCCAGUAUGUAAUAGUCCUCAAAGUCCAUCUUCACCUAGCAGCUCUGUAAGCAGCACUCAACAAAAUCAAAAUUAUCAAACCCAAAAAGAUUUUUAUACAAAUCAAGUCCAAGCUAAUACAUUACAACAGCAUUUUGAACAAUUCACUAUGCAGGACUGGAAUCAAUUAAUCCAAACACUUAAAGAAUCAAAUUCCACUGCUUGGAUGGCUGCUCAAUUGCAGCUUGACAGUCCUGUAUCUACAGGUUUAGAAUACAUAGGUUCCCCUACUAAUAACACAUACUUAUCACAGACUGAUGAUUAUGUGAAUUCGGAGCUGACAGCUGAUCCUGGUUAUUUUAGUACAUCACCAUCUCAGUCACUUCAAUACCCAAACCAAACACACACUACGCCAAAUACUCCUUCCAGUAUUCCAGAUAUCAUACUCACAGAUUUCUCAAAUGGUGAUCAACUGGACACACGCAAUGAUUUUGUCAAAGGUUUAAACUGUUCUAAUUCAUUUGAGACAGAUUUCUUUUCUAAUGAUGAAAGCUUACGACAAGGCCUAGCUGAUCAAAUCGAUUUGGAACAUUUACAAAUGUUAGCUGAUUCAGAUAUUGAUGCAGUUACAAAUAAUGAUCAUUUUCGAUUGGUUAAUUGGUUUUAAUGAAGCGUUCGGAAUAAUUUUGUACUCAGUGACUUCAUAGAAACUGCUACCGAAGUAAUUCACUGUUACACGAGUAUAAAUUACAAUAUAAAAAUAACUGUUUGACAAAUAAAUAAAUUUAUUGAAGUAAUUUAAUUAAUUUAAUCUAUAAAGUAUUACAAUGUAUUCACAUAAAUAAGAAAUAUCUUCCAAUUUUUACUUGUUUUGUUUAGUUAAAUAAAAAUUGCAAUAAUUUAUUGAUAAGCCAAAUUAAAAAAGAUUUUAAUUAUUAAAAUAAUUGUAUUUAGAUUGGAAUAGAAUUACACAAUAAUAUGUUAAUUUUGCACUUAGUAUUUUCAUCUUCUUUAUUGUUAACAUAGUUCUAUGAACACUUUUAUUUAAGCUUAUAAUAACAUUUUUUUAGUAUAUGUAAAAAAUGUAGUCGCUAAGAAAAUAACUAAUGUAACUAUAUUUGGUAUUUUUUUAAAAUGUGAAUUCUUAACGGCGUCGGCUCCAGGAUAGAUCAACUGUUUAUAAGCCUCGUGUAAGAUUAAAAACAUUUUUUUCCAUAUUGCUAUUUAUAGGAAACUCCACCAUCACUUUUUUUAUCUAAGCCCCGCAAAAACUAAGGGCGGUUUUUUGUUUCUAAUAAUUAUUACCGAUAUAUAUUUUUAAACAAAUUAUUGUAGUUAUUUUUUUAUUUAUUUAAGUUUUAAUGAUAUUGUUUAAUAACAACUAUAUAUAAAAAAAUAAUAAUUAUUGUUAGAAAUAGUAUAAAUAUAAUUUUACAAAAUACAUUAUUUUAACUUAU